AUGUCGGUUGUGAAUAUGUCGACCAUGACACUUCCAACAGCUUCAUUGUAUGGAAAAGCGCCCCCUCGGGCGUCUUGUGCGCUUAUGAAAAGUCCAUCAACUUUGAGAUCUGUGAAGAAUGUGUCCAAAUCAUUUGGACUAAAAUCUUCCUCGUUUAGAGUAUCUGCAAUGGCAACAUACAAAGUGACACUGAUUGGACCAGAUGGUAAAGAGAAUACAUUUGACGCCCCCGACGACGUUUACAUUCUGGAUUCAGCUGAGGAGGCUGGAGUGGAGCUACCUUACUCAUGCAGAGCUGGUGCAUGCUCUACUUGUGCCGGACAAUUGGAUAAGGGUUCGGUGGAUCAGUCUGAUCAGUCUUUUCUCGAUGACCAGCAAAUUGAGAAGGGCUAUCUUCUCACAUGUGUUUCGUACCCGAAAUCAGACACCGUGAUUUACACUCACAAGGAGGAAGCACUCUACUAA